CCUCCCCCCUUUAAGGACUCCUCUAGAGUAGUCUGGGGCAGAUCAGACGCUCCGGUGGUCAGCCUGUGAGUCGUUCUGAGGAUCACAGGACAAGGUCAAGUCUGGAGAAGGAGCUCAAGUGUGGAGUCGUUAUGUUCGGGUACCGCAGGGAGCUGGACAAGUACGAGGAUGUGGACGAGGACGAGCUGCUGGCCUCGCUGACUGCCGAGGAGCUCCAAGAGCUGGAACACGAGCUGGCGGACAUCGACCCCGACCGGCACGUCCCCGUCGGCCUGCGACAGAAGGACCAGACGGCCAAAACACCCACGGGCACCUUCAGCAGGGAGGCACUGAUGAUAUACUGGGAGAAUGAGACCCGGAAACUCCUAGAGGACGAGAGGACAGGAUACAGCCCCAAACCGGAAGAUGAAAGGAAAGAAGGUGGCGAUACAGAGGAGUGUGUGACAGAGGACAACAGUGAGGCCUCUGAGGAAGAGGGCAGCGUGGAGGAUGAGGAAGAGGAUGAGGAAGACAGUGAGGAAGAGGAAGAGGAAGCUGUAACCGAGAACGAAGAGGAAGAUGAAGGUGCAGUGAGAGAGGAAAGUAGGAGUGAAGGCAAGGCCAGAGAGACACAGGGCUUUGGGUUUAGGGACAGAGAGGAGCAACUCCCAAAACCAGAUAUUCCUGUGAAUCCUGAAGGUCUGCACAUCAAAAUCACACCUGACAGGCCUUGUGGGAACCCUACGGUCAUCGACGAGACCCUCGAGAAGAUCCAGGCCGAUGACGCCAACCUGACCGAGGUCAACCUGAACAACAUCGAGAAUAUAUCCCAGGAGACUCUGGUGCGGUUUGCUGAGGCCUUGCGGUCCAACACGCAUAUACAGGUCUUCAGCCUUGCCAACACGCGAGCAGAUGACCAGGUGGCCUUUGCCAUCGCCCAGAUGCUCCAGGCCAACAGCAGCAUCACCAACCUGAACAUCGAGUCAAACUUCGUGACGGGAAGGGGCGUGCUGGCCCUGGCACGAGCCCUGCAGAGGAACCGCACGCUCACCGAGCUCCGUUUCCACAACCAGAGGCACAUCCUGGGGGGGCAGGCGGAGAUGGAGCUGGUUAAGCUGCUGAGGGACAACACCACCCUUCUGAAGGUGGGCUACCAGUUCGACCUUCCAGGGCCCAGGAUGAGUAUGACGGGCAUCCUCACCCGGAACCAGGACCAGCGGCGGAAGCAGCGUCUCCAGGAGCAGAAGCAGCAGUGGGGGCCAGAAGGACCGGCCAACCCCAGGACCGCCGCCCUGCAGAAGGGAACCCCAACAGCCUCCCCCUACGGGUCUCCAAGGCCUUCGCCCUGGUCCUCACCCUGGUCAUCCCCAAAACUGCCACGCCAAGAUAUCGCCAAGACGGCUCCUCCUGUGCCUGUAGCCCCCCCUCCUCCGCCACCACCUCCUCCACCUCCACCCCCUCCAUCUAAGCCCCCCCCGGCUGUGCCGACCAGGAACAUCGCAGAGGUGAUCCGGCAGCACGAGAAGCAGAGGCAGCAGGGAGGCGCAAACAAGCCGAAAGCGCGGAAGGGCAAGAAGGGAGGGGGCAAGGAGAAGGAGAGCAGCAUCCUCAAGGAACUGAAGAGUGCGCUGAGGCCCGUGGCUGACAGGAGGUCAGAGGAGGCGUCCCGGCCAUCGACGCCCCAGCGGUCAGCCCACGACGACCUCAUGGCCGCCAUCCGCAGCAGCAGCAUCAAAUCCCUGAGACGGGUGGAGACCCCGCUGUACCUGCGGUAACCGGACCGGAUCGGACCGGACCGGACCGGGCGACGAAAAGGCGGACGGGUCCCAAUAGCUCAUCAUUAUCCCACCCUCAAGUUAUGUAUGCGAUAAUCAUUUCGUUAAAUGCAACAGCUUUUUUUAUUGAAGGCCAUUUGCGACAUGGACCAUAAUAUUAGAACCGAGCUCUUUUAAAAAGGUGCGUUUUAGUUUAUUUCUUGUCAAAUGUAAAUAUGUAUCCUUUAUGUAUUUAUUUAUAUAAGCGAGUAAAUGGAUUUAACAAAAUAAAUGUAAGAUUUUAACUUCAUUAAAGUCAUGUGACAAUUUUACAAA